AUGCCCUCUCUACGUACUGGCAACUACGUUGGAAAAGUGUGCCACUUUCCAUUUAGGAGGAAAAACAAAUGCCUAUUUUCGGAGAUAACCAAAGAAAAAUUUAUUCAAGAGUUAAAUCGCUGUAAUUAUCCACAUCCAUAG